AGAGGCGUUGGCAUGCGAAGCGACACACCUGACCAAGUAGUGCAGAACCCGCAGCCAAGACAAACUGGCCGUACGCGAGAGAACAUCUUUGUGUUCGUACCAAAUUUAAUAGGUAUGUCUAGCACGAGAUCAAAGCUUCCAGAUACUGAAGGGUGGCUUUANGGCUAUGCACGAAUCAUUCUCGCUGUGGUGUCCCUCUACUUCAUGCCAGUCCACCCUCGUCGUUGCAGUGCCAUUUAUGCGGUUUCGUGCAUUCUCGACGCCCUCGAUGGUUAUGCAGCUCGAAAGCUAGAUCAAGGCACUAGAUUCGGUGCUGUGCUUGAUAUGGUCACUGACCGCUGUACGACUACUUGCCUGCUUGUGUUCUUAGCAACGGCAAUGCCAAGGUGGGCUAUGUUAUUUCAGCUGCUGAUCAGCCUCGACCUGGCAAGUCAUUACAUACACAUGUAUGCAACGCUUAGUAUGGGUGGGAGUGAUCAGAGCCACAAGAAGGUUGACCCUAAGAGAAGCUGGUUAAUGCACUUGUACUACUCGAACAAGCUUUUCUUCAUCGCUUUGUACCUUCUGGCAUUUACUGAUAAGGGCAAUCCGCUUGCGUCCACUCAGAUAACAGCAAUCGCUCAAAACGCGCCAUGGUCGGCAGGAGCCAUGGAGAUUGCUCGGGCGAACAAGAUUCAUAGUUCCGUUCCAAAAAGGCUCUUCUGGCUAUCACUAUUACCAAUGUCGAUAAAGCAAUAUAUCAACAUACAGCAACUGGUCAUCGCAAGUCAGUGGCUUGCAGAAGGGGAUGCUGCAGAGCGUACAAAUCGACAAUAA